GUGAAGCGUGCACACACACCUCCUGAUUGCAUCCAUGCGGUAGUAAUUGAGGAUAUACUUGCUGGCCAACAUGACUUCUCUCUCUUUAGGGCAUCUUCCCUCGCUGUGGCGGCAGCACUUGCUGUCGGAAUUCGCCGGAUUGAAGCAAGCCUGCCCUGAAGGAGUGUUUGUCAGCCUGACUCCUGGAGAGCCGUCACUUUGGUCAGCAGUGCUUUUCGUUCGCCAUGGCCCGUAUGCUCCGGCUGUUCUUCGAUUCCAAAUUAUGUUUCCCGAUGCAUACCCUCGAGCUCCACCUCUGGUUACGUUCUCGACGGACAUUUUCCACCCGCUCAUCACUCCCUUGACGACGCACAUGUACGCUGCAAGCGUUGAAAGCGAUAAAAGCACUACAGAGAGACCAAAGCUGCCCCCUGGCGGCUUUAGCCUGGAGCAUGGCUUUCCAGAGUGGUUUGGCGGCCCCGAACGAUCAGAAGCUAGAAGUGGCCAGGGUCGAAGGAGUACAUCGCCAUCAGCAGUGUCAACAAAAUCGUCGAAGCGCAAAAGUCUCAAGCCACCGCCGCCUCCCGAAAAGGACUUGCCGCGGUAUAUGCAAACAGACCGGAAGACUAUAUCGACUUACUCCCUAUUAAAGUACAUUCGAAGCACGUUUGAUAAAGCAGAGGUUCUCGAUGCGGUACCUCUUUCUGCUGCCGGAAAUCCAGGAGCUUGGCAUGCGUGGCGCACGCAUCGGCGCAAACAAGAGAAAGUCGAUGACAAAAAGAUAUAUAGAUUGAGUCGACUCAGCAUAUUGAGUGGUGACACAACCAGAGAGACUGGCAGUGAUCGAGGAGACGCGGCCGAAUCUGAUGCCAAGAGUAUAACGUCGUCCCUGGCCACGACAGUUCGCGAGCCUGGAGAAUGGAACUGGGAUGGUGUUUGGGAGGAUAGAGUGAAGAAGGGAGUAGCCUCUACUUUGACCGAGUCGGUCCUGUAUGGCGCAUCGGGAAUAUCCGACGAUAUGAUUCAUUUCCUGGCACUGGAAGAAGGAACCAUUGAGGCUGUAAAGGGAAAUCUGCGUCGAACCUUGGAUGCCUCGGCAUGAGCUCUUCGAUUUUGCCAGCCCCUCCACCUCGUUUUCCAAAAAGCAACGCCCCUUUACGCAAUUUCAAACAUUGAGUUUUCAGUAUGAGCCUUAAUUACUCGCAUUAUAGCGUCUUUACCUGGAUUUAGAAACAGGCUGGUCCUAUGUAGUCGAUAUCAAGAGAUUAUGUCCGCUUUUUGAAGAAAAGUAAAAGGCCAAGGACAUACAAUUUAUUAUGUAUCUACACUUAUUCUAGACAUAUGAGUAUCUACUAUCUUAUCUAUUACAUCACGUAUCUGC